AAGACGCAGGCGCAGUGCAUUGUAGUCGCCGGUGCAUGGAUAGAAACGAAACCUAAACUGAUUGUUAAGUGAACUACGGCGAUAUUCAGCCAAGACGCGACAUUGAGAGUUACAAGCUGUUGAUUUGAUACCUCCUACGCACAUCAGCCAUGUCGUCCACAUCCCAAAAGCAUAAAGACUUUGUGGCAGAGCCCAUGGGCGAGAAGCCUGUGAUGGCUCUGGCAGGCAUUGGAGAAGCUCUUGGCAAAAGACUGGAGAGUAAGGGCUUUGAUAAGGCGUACGUUGUCCUCGGGCAGUUCCUGGUGCUAAAGAAAGAUGAGGAGCUCUUCCGGGACUGGCUUAAAGACACAUGUGGAGCAAACAGCAAACAACAAGGUGACUGCUAUGGCUGUCUGAAAGAAUGGUGUGACGCCUUCUUAUAAAGCAUUAAGCUUUGUUUUUUUUUUUUUUUUUUUUUUUUUACUUCUGAAGUUAACACCGUACACAACCUCUUCACUGAUCUUGAUUCAAUUCUGCUGCACCAUGUUUGGACCGACACUGUACACACAAAGGAGGUUUUUAAAGUACACUGGCAACCAUUUGUGAAUUUCUGAAAUCCCCCCAGUUUUGGCUACAAUUAAUAUAGACCUUGAUGUAAUUUUAAUAAUUGUUAAAUCAAUGCGUUGCUGACAUCUUGACAUGUCAAAGCAGUAAGGCCACAGGUGUAGCUAACAUUAUUAUUGAUGGCUUGUUUCCAUCAGGGUUUACUCGUGCUGUAGCCUUUGUGACCGUUAGUACACCUGUGUUUGACAAGCUCACGUCUGCUGUCUACUAAGGAGCUUCAUCAUAUAUCACAUGUGCUGUCUGUCAGAAGCUGACUUUUAAACGUGUGGUUUAUGCAUUGUCUGUCACUUCCUGAGAUUUUACUGUUGAACCAUUACACAGCUAGUUUGUUCUGUAUUAAACCUUUUGUUUUAUUUUAAAUGUGAUGUAUCUGUACAAUCUUGACUAAUAUUCACACUCACAUUUAACUCUUGGCUCUCUUGCUUGUUUUUUAUUUUUAUUUUUUUAAAGCCAUUGGAAAGUUGAUGUAAGUUUUAUUUUUCUAACGAGCAUAUUUUAUCACAGUUUAGUAGCCAGCUCUGCUAGUGCACCAUCAUUUCAAUGAUGAGGUGUCUUGCAGUGGAUAUUACUUAUGUGUGACACAAAAAACUAAACCUUUAAACUAAUGUGACGCCAUCUAAGCGGGACGGUUUUUUUAUAUAACAAGUUUUAACGCUAAAGGAACGAGGCCCUCUGGUCUGCUAAAGCUUGUUCAACUUGAAGUUGGAAAUGUGUGUAAGUAAAGAUGCAAACAAUACAAACAAAGUGAAGGCUGUCAGUCUAUUGCUGAUGAGAGGGAUGCUGACUUUACUGAUGUCUCCCAGAUAAGCUAGACAUUACUGCUAAGUGUAUUUUUUUUAAAGCAUUUUGUUCACGCCUGACGUGCUGAGAGUAAAGCGUUCAGAUUGGUUUAACUUGUUGGAGGAGGAGAAACUAGCUUUGUUUUGAGUUUCAGAUUAAUGGCAGCCAUCUGAAUCAAACUUUACCCACUUUUGUUAUGAACACCGAAGAGAGAGAAUGUAUAUGACGCUUCAUAAGUGUGUGUGUGUUACUCUUCUAAUUAAAAUCCAAAUCCCAAAACUUCCAAAUGAUAAAUCCCUGACUUUUAAAUGGAUCUGGAAAGCUCCUCGUCAGGUGUUCAUAGCUGAGUUUGACGUGUGUCUUUUUAAACGUUAAAUGCCUUAAUGCAUGCUCGUGUCAUUUCAAUUUAGAGGAAUUAUAAAAUCAGCAGAAGUGCAUGUCCAGAUUGUGUCACGUACAUUUUUCAUCACCAGCUGUUUAAAGAUGUUAUUACUGUGUAGCAGCUUCUUGUUAAAACAAAUACUGACUGAUGUGUUUUUAUUUUACUGUGAAACCUCUCAGCUUUUAUAAAUACUGCUAAACAAUAUGAAGAAAAAGCAAGCAUCACAUUUGGACAUGCAUAUUUGUUUUUCACAUGUUCAAAUAAAAUCAAAUGACAAAGGA